CAAACCCCUCCCUAGGGAAAAAAAAAAGACCACCCCAAAACAAAUCAAAUCAAAACAAAACAAAAAACCCAAAAUUCCUCAGCCUUGGCACCAAAGAAGCUUUUGAGCCAUGUGGACUUUUCUUGGCAUUGCUACCUUCACCUAUUUUUAUAAGAAAUGUGGGGAUGUCACCCUGGCCAACAAGGAGCUCCUCUUGUGCGUGCUGGUGUUCCUGUCGCUGGGCCUGGUGCUCUCCUACCGCUGUCGCCAUCGAAACGCGGGCCUCCUCGGUCGCCAGCAGAGUGGCUCCCAGUUUGCUGCGUUCUCUGAUAUUCUCUCAGCUCUGCCUCUUAUUGGCUUCUUCUGGGCCAAGUCACCUCCUGAGCCAGAAAAGAAAGAGGAGCUGGAGUCCAGUAAGUGCAGAAAAGAAGCCAGUAUUUCAGAAACAACAUUGACAGGAGCAGCUACCUCAGUGUCAGCAUCUUCUCUGAAUGAUCCGGAAGUUAUCAUUGUGGGGGCUGGUGUACUCGGAUCUACCUUGGCAACGGUUCUUUCCAGAGAUGGAAGAAAGGUGACAGUAAUCGAGAGAGAUUUAAAAGAGCCUGACAGAAUCGUUGGUGAGCUUCUGCAGCCAGGUGGUUACCGUGUUCUUAAAGAGCUGGGCCUCGGAGAUACAGUAGAGGGUUUCAAUACCCAUCUUAUACAUGGCUACAUAGUUCACGAUUAUGAAAGCAGAUCUGAAGUUCAAAUUCCAUACCCGGUGUCAGAAAACAACCAAGUGCAGAGCGGAAUUGCUUUCCACCACGGCAAAUUCAUCAUGAGUCUCCGGAAAGCAGCUAUGGCAGAGCCCAAUGUGAAGUUUAUAGAAGGUGUUGUGCUUCAGUUGCUAGAGGAAGACGGCGCCGUGACGGGAGUGCAGUACAAGGACAAGGAGACUGGAGACACCAAGGAGCUCCACGCCCCAUUGACUAUUGUUGCAGAUGGGCUUUUCUCCAAGUUCAGGAAGAACCUUGUCUCCAAUAAAGUUUCUGUUUCAUCUCAUUUUGUUGGCUUCCUUAUGAAGAAUGCACCACAGUUUAAAGCCAAUUUUGCAGAGCUUGUUCUGGUCAAUCCAAGUCCAGUUCUCGUCUACCAGAUUUCAGCCAGUGAAACACGGGUACUUGUUGAUAUCCGUGGGGAAAUGCCAAGGAAUUUAAGAGAAUACAUGGCCGAACAAAUUCACCCACAAAUGCCUGACCACCUGAAGGAGCCGUUCCUGGAGGCCUCUCAGAACUCUCGCCUGCGGACCAUGCCAGCAAGCUUCCUUCCUCCUUCCCCUGUGAACAAACGAGGUGUUCUCCUUCUGGGAGAUGCAUAUAACCUGAGGCAUCCUCUUACUGGUGGAGGAAUGACAGUUGCUUUAAAAGAUGUAAAAUUAUGGAGAAAACUGUUAAAAGAUAUUCCUGACCUUUAUGAUGACGCUGCUGUUUUCCAGGCCAAAAAGUCAUUCUAUUGGUCAAGAAAAAGGACCCAUUCCUUUGUUGUGAAUGUGCUGGCUCAGGCUUUGUAUGAAUUAUUUUCUGGUACAGAUGAUUCCUUGCACCAGCUACGAAAAGCUUGCUUUCUUUAUUUUAAACUUGGUGGAGAAUGUGUGGCGGGUCCCGUUGGGCUGCUUUCUGUAUUGUCUCCGCACCCUCUAGUGUUGAUCCGACACUUCUUUGCCGUUGCUGUCUAUGCCACGUAUUUCUGCUUUAAAUCUGAGCCGUGGGCUACAAAACCCCGAGCCCUUUUCAGUAGUGGUGCUGUACUGUACAAAGCGUGUUCUAUAAUAUUUCCUCUCAUCUACUCAGAAAUGAAGUAUCUGAUUCAUUGAAGGGGAAACCACUUGGAAGUCAAGCCCGUUGAGACUUGAAGAGGAUGUAUAUAGCCUAGAACUGUAUGACUUCCUUGGACACUCAAGGACCAAGCUUGUGUAUAAGCAUGUAAAUAUAUGCCUUAAUUUACAAUUGAAAAUGAAGGGUCGAAUAAGCUAGAUGUUUAAAAGAAUGAUUGUUUCCACAAAUUAGUGCUAACACUGAAGUUUUUCUUGAUUUCAGUAUUUGGGGUGAUUCACUGGGACAUGCAAAUAAAAUGAAGAAUAAACUCUUA